UUGACACUUACACACCCCGGGCAGACAACAAAACAAAGCGAAUUGAGACCUACGACACACUAGAUUGCAAAAAUUGCCAUAGAAAACUUUCUUUCUGUACUUGAAGAGCGAACAUCAAGCACGCCGCACAAGGAACAGCCUCGUCUUACACAACUGCCAACAAGGCCAUCCACUCCACACCCGCACAGCAGAAGUGCUAGAGACUUCACUCAGGUCUCAAUCAAAGUGUAGCAUCAUGGCGACCCUCAUGGCAAACUCCCCUCCGGAACAGGGUUCCACAACGGCCAAAGACGCCAAGACCACAAAACCGUUCCCAGCCAUUACAGGUGGCUGCUACUGCGGCGCCGUCCGCUACCGAAUCCUCACAGCCCCGCUGUUCUGCUACGCUUGCCACUGCAUCGACUGCCAAAAAGCAACAGGCAGCGCCUUUGCGCUGCACGCCACCAUCGAAGCCUACAACAUCAGCAUCAUCUCCAAAACCAAGCCGUCGCUGAUCACAUCGAGACGGGAGCCCUCGAAACCACAGAAUAUUGCCCGACGCGCGCUUUGCUCCACAUGUGGAACCAUCCUGUGGGGCAACGACAGCGGGUGGGGCUACGCUGUCAACGAUGUGAUGAUCGGCACGCUGGAUUUCCCUGGCAUCAUGGAGCCCGACGCUCACUCGUUUGUGGGGAGCAAGCUCGGCUGGAUCAGUCUGCCCAGUGGCGCCCGGGCCACGAAGGGUCAGUUUGAUUACAAGAAGGAGUGGCCGAAGAGCAGCUUGAAGAGGCUGGAGGUGUGUCUGGAGCGGUUCGAGGCGGCGAAGAAGGCGCUGGCGGCGCAGGGGCAGAAGCCUGAAGCGAAGAGCGAGAGCGCGCUGGAUGCAGUGGUUGAUGCGGGGGUUGACGUUGAUGGCGACAAGACACCGACUGCCACAGCUGAUACAGACGAGGGGGAAGAUGACGCAGCAUUCGAGGAGCGGUUCAGGGAAACUGAGAGGGCGCUGCAGGAGCGGCUGGCGAAGCUCACCUUGAAGUUGGAGGGUGAGGACGGGCACAGCGCGGCCGGGAGUACAGCCACGGGUGAGGCUACAGGAUGAAUUGCUGUGAAUGCAUCUACUCGGCCUUUGGCUUCACAUCGGACUCGCUCUCGUCAUGAUCGAGCGCCUCACUCACUGGAUCAGAGGUUAGUUGUACAGCAUCUAUGUGGCGCGAUAACGCUUUUCGAUAGCGGCCUAGACUGCGCGUCUUGAAGAAAAUAGUACGAACGCCUAGGCAGAAGACAGCCAUAGUAAGAAGAAGUCGAACGAGACCACCAACCGAUGACACUUUUCAACAUAUAUGGGUUUGCCAAUGAAAAAUCAUA